CAACUGAGCUGAGAUUCCUGCUGAGAAUCAAGGGUAAUUUUGAUCUCCAACGGCCCUUGCCCUCGUCAUUUUAGAAAUCUCUUCUCAUGCAUGUCUUUUCAGAUUAUUGGUUCAAACUUGUGUUGUUAGACGAGUAGCAGUAUACAAAAGACCCCUCAAACUUAUUUUGGUUGGUGCUGAUUUCACAUUAUUUGUGUUCUUUUUUUAUCGCCCCGAAAGCCGUAUGUUAAAUCCGCCUGUGGAGUUUGAAUUUGUCUGGUGCCUGAGUGCAAUUAGGGCACAACACUCUCGAACCCUUUCAUUUCUUCCGCUUCUCUUGAAGCUGACCUUCUGCUGUACAAUGACAAUUCCGUUUUGCUGUCUCAAGGUCUUUGAAUGGGAGGAACAGCUAUCUAGCUGCAUCGACAAGCUCUCCGGGAAUGAUACGUACAUCGCGCCUGCAAUUCUCGUCGCUCUUGAUCUAUUAGUAUGGACAUUUCCGAAUGUUCCGCUCCUAGCUUAUCACUACGCUCGAUAAAUGAACGCCUGUGUAUAUGUUCCACAUUUUCUGGUGGGGACGUCCUUAGGACGAAAUUGAUAUUCCCGGGUUCUUGAAGAAAACCCGUGU